UGAUGCGAGCGGAGCCGGAGCGCGUAUUGGGGUGAACUAGUAGCCUACUGACAACGAGUGGUGCUGGAUAUUUUUCAUGCAAUUGGCUCUGCUGCAUGCUUGAAACGAACUGCUUUUUAUCGUGACGGUAUAACAUCAUUUUUUUGCCUCUAUAUUUUUACACUGGAUUUGAUAUUGACCAUAUCUCCCCGGGACGUGUUCGAUGUAUUCAUGUGUGAGAUUGGAGGAAACGAAUUAGCAAAAGAAAGAUAAAAUACUUUGACAGAGAGAGAGAGUGAAACCUCUUAUCGGCUCGCCUGGAAAUUAAAAGGUAACCGUGGUCUUCACUGAUAGCAUUAGGCCCAUAAGAUUCGUUCUGUCAACAGCAUCAUUGGUCUACAUUCGAUGACUGGACUUUGGCUAUUCACGGAUUUUCACAAUGCGGAUUCCUUUUUUACGUUUCCAUCGGAUAUGUGGUGUGAUAUAAUUGCCCAUUGAAGAGGAAAAGUCAUUACAACGGAAAAGUCAUUACAACUUGAACAAAUCAUUCAUAUGCAUUUGUGGACGUAUGCGUAAAAUUCAGUGUGUCUAAAAUUCUCCUUAUGGUUGUUGAAUCGCAAUCAUGAUGCUGGGAAGAAUUGAACUGGAUCAUUUUUAGCCAAUAAUUUAAUCUUCAGUGAACAUUAUUUUUUGGGGUAAACCUGUUCAUUAGAAUUUUCCUCCCUUUUGAUUUUUUAAAUUCAUUAUUUGCAUUGUUUUCCAGCCUGUAUCGAAAUGGUCGGUUUAUCAUGUCAGACGUUCCUAUAGUUGUAGCUUGAUACAAACAGCGCAGAUGUAUAUGUUGUUCUGAGACCAUCAGUGUUCUGAGACCAUUCAGAAUGUUUUCUAAUAUCUAUCCUCAAGAUCUCACGCGUUGCAGCAGAUUGGAGAAUGUGGUUUCUCUCAGAAGAGUACAAUGAGGUAGAUGGACUUAAGACCAUAUAAUCAAGUUACAUGUAUACCAGAUAGGAUACCAGAUAGCCUUUUAUGUUAUCGAAACCUAUUCCAAGGAUAACUUUUCGAUGAGAUUCGCUAACUGGAAAAUUUUGCCAGUUAUCUCUGACAUGCAUAGGUGUGCGUGAUCGUACGAGGUCCCAAUUAAAUCCAAGGAAAAAUCAACAGGUACAAUGUACGCCAAGGACAUGGAUUUUAUGCAAAUUCUUUGGAUAGUCCUUUUAUGCUGGACUGGGGCUGAUUCUGUUAUCAAUUUGAAAUACUCGAUAAACGAGGAGCAGAAGGCUGGGUAUAUCAUUGGAAACGUGACAAAGGACGCACAAACGCAAGGAUUUGCCAUUGCACCGCGUGCGCCGUACUUGCGGGUCAUCUCAAAUUCAGAGCCGCGAUGGGUGGAACUCAGCCCUGCUGGACUUCUCCUCACACAUCAGAAAAUAGACCGAGAUGUGGCUUGCCGACAGACGUCAAAGUGUACUGUCUCUCUGGAGGUGAUGUCAAACUCCAUGGAGAUCUGUGUGAUUAAAGUUGAAAUUGUGGAUUUGAACGAUAAUGCGCCCAGGUUCCCCACAAACCACAUUGACAUUGAAAUCUCAGAGAAUGCCUCCCCUGGUACCAGGUUUCCCCUAGAGGGGGCAAGCGAUCCGGACUCUGGGAUUUUCGGUGUACAAUCAUAUUCGAUCACCCCGAAUGAGCUCUUCGGGUUGGAGAUUAAGACUAGGGGGGACGGGUCCAAGAUUGCCGAACUCGUAGUGCAAAAAUCGUUAGAUAGGGAGACCCAGUCUCACUACUCAUACGAAAUCAGUGCAGAAGACGGCGGAGACCCCCCAAAGAUUGGCGCAGUUCAGCUUAAUAUUAAAGUAAUGGAUUCGAAUGAUAAUAAUCCCGUUUUUGACCAGCCUGUGUAUACAGUGAAUGUGAUGGAGAAUUCUCCUAUUAAUACACUUGUAAUUGAUUUGAAUGCAACGGAUCCUGACGAGGGAACUAAUGGUGAGGUUAUAUACUCGUUUAACAGUUACGUCACCGAGAAAACUAGAGAUGUAUUUAAAAUCGACCCUAGAACCGGUAUUAUCACUGUAAAUGGCCCGUUGGAUUAUGAAGCAACCCAUAUUUACGAGAUUGAUGUCCAAGCCAAAGAUUUAGGUCCAAAUUCUAUUCCGGCUCAUUGUAAAGUCACGGUCAAUGUGAUGGAUGCAAAUGAUAACCCACCUGUCAUUAGUUUAUUGUCGGUGAAUACAGAGCUGAUUGAAGUUAGUGAGAACGCGCCACGUGGAUACGUUAUUGCAUUAGUAAGGGUCUCAGAUAAGGACGCUGGCGCGAAUGGCAAGGUGCAGUGUAGACUACAAGGCAACGUCCCUUUCAGGCUCCAGGAAUACGAGAGCUUCUCAACCAUCCUUGUCGAUGGCAGGCUAGACAGAGAACAGAGGGACACAUACAAUCUAACUAUCCAAGCAGAGGACAGUGGCACCCCCCCUUUACGUGCCACUAAGUCGUUUGUAGUGAAAGUCACAGAUGAAAAUGAUAACCCCCCCCACUUCCUAAAACCCCAUUACCAAGAGAUGGUCCUAGAAAAUAACCUGCCCGGCUCAUGUUUGCUGGCAGUGUCUGCUGUAGAUCCCGAUUUGGGCAUGAAUGGCACCGUUUCAUACACCAUCGUUCCCAGUGAGAUUAAACACAUGGACGUAAACACAUAUGUCAGUAUAAAUCCUUCAGGACGUAUUUACUCCAUGAGAUCAUUCGACCAUGAGUACACUAGGACUUUUGACUUCAAAGUUUUGGCCAGGGACCAAGGGAAUCCGUCCUUAUCCAGUAACGCGACGGUGCGCAUUGUCGUUUUGGAUGUGAAUGACAAUACACCUGUUAUGACUACUCCACCCCUGGUAAAUGGCACCGCGGAAGUAUCCAUUCCAAGGAACGCAGGGGUGGGUUACCUGGUGACCCAAGUCAAGGCCGACGACUACGACGAGGGGGAGAAUGGAAGGCUGACCUAUACCAUUUCGGAGGGAGACAGGCCUUUCUUUGAGAUAGACCAGGUGAAUGGAGAGGUGCGGUCCACCAAGAUGUUCGGGGAGCAGGUCAAGUCGACCUACGAGAUCACAGUGGUGGCACGCGACCACGGGAAACCAUCCUUGUCGGCCUCUGCAUACAUUGUUGUGUACCUCUCACCGGACCUGAACGCCCAGGAAUCUAUUGGACCAGUAAACCUGUCAUUGAUUUUCAUCAUUGCCCUGGGCUCUAUUGCAGCUAUCCUGUUUGUCACUAUGAUUUUUGUGGCAGUCAAGUGCAAAAGGGAUAACAAGGAGAUCCGAACGUACAACUGCAGUUUCUUCUACUUGCGCAGGGUGGCGGAGUACUCGUAUGGCAGCCAGAAGAAGUCGAGCAAGAAGAAGCUGAGCAAGAACGACAUCCGCCUCGUGCCGCGCGACGUGGAGGAGACGGACAAGAUGAACGUGGUGAGUUGCUCGUCUCUCACCUCCUCGCUCAACUACUUCGACUACCACCAGCAGAGCCUGCCGCUGGGCUGCAGGCGCUCCGAGAGCACCUUCCUCAACGUGGAGAACCAGAACUCGCGCAAUGCCGCGCCCAACCACGGUGGCUAUCAGCAGCAUCCCUUCGCCAGCGGGCAGGGUCCCCAGCAGCCUGACCUCAUCAUCAACGGCAUGCCGCUGCCAGAGACGGAGAACUAUAUCGACUCCAGCUACGUAAACAGCCGAGCACACCUUAUCAAAAGCACAUCGACAUUCAAGGACCUGGAGGGCAAUAGUCUGAAGGACAGCGGGCACGAGGAGAGCGACCAGACGGACAGUGAGCACGACGUCCAGAGAGGCCACUACAUAGACACGGCUGUCAACGAUGUGCUCAAUAUGACCGUGCCCCCCAACGUCUGCCAGCUGCCCGACCAAGACCCCAGCGAAGGCUUCCACUGCCAGGAAGAGUGUCGUAUCCUGGGCCAUUCGGACCGCUGCUGGAUGCCCCGUGUGCCUGGUCCGGCCCGCGGCAAGUCGCCUGAGCAUGGCCACCCACGUAACAACGUAAUCGCCCUGUCUAUUGAGGCCACCACCGUAGAUGUGCCCCACUACGAGGACUGUGGCACCGGCACCAUCAAAAGGACUUUUGCCACCUUCGGCAAGGAUGGCCCAGAAGACCCCGAGCGGGGUGAGCUAAAGGGCAACAAGCGGACAAUGAUGGAGUCUCAGGUGUGCAGCCCCAAGGCCAACGGCGGCGCCGUGCGCGAGGCGGGCAAUGGGCGCGAAGCAGCCAGUCCCAUCACCUCCCCUGUGCACCUGAAGAGCCCGCUGGCCAAGGUGCCAUCCGGCUACAACACGCUCAGGUGCCGUGGCGCCGAGCGCAUUGCCAACCACAGCAUGCUGCGGCAGCCCGAGGGGAAGGACAGCGAGCCGGCCGUCCGGGAGAUCAACACUCUCCUUCACGACGGCAGCCAUCUUGAGAAGGAGUCUCCCAGCAGCAAGCGCCUGAAGGACAUUGUGCUCUAACGGGCCUCAGGGGAGCCUACUCACACACACACACACACACACACACACACACACACACACACACACACACACACAGUGUAAACAAACACAUAUAUAUAUACACACAUACUCCGCCAUAGCUGUGUGUACGCAGGUGAAAGUCAAGCCGAUGAAAGAGAGAGAGAGAUAAAGACACAACUUGAGCGUAGUAUACAGUACUAAGGACAAAGCCCAGAUGUGAAAUAUUACUGGAAAAUGCUGAGCUUCAUGUUGUGUUCCUCCAGAAAAGUGAAGGCCGUGGAUGUGGCUUUGUUGUAGUCGCAGUACUUUUCUUGUUUGGUUUUCCGUUUGUUUUCUGCCACCAGUGGACAGGCAGGUUGCUGUUGACUGUGUGACUUGCCCCUUCGGCCGGGUUCUGCCUCUCCCCUGUUCAGAUUUAGGACCUGACACCUACGGUGACGGAUUUAAAAAAGUACAGAACUUUGCCUUUUGACUGUUUUUGCAUCACUAACUGAGAUUGCCUUCUUUGGUUUUGUCUCGGCUGCCAAAUUGACUCCUCGUUUCCUUUGUAAAGCUCCCCACAGUGCAACAGACGGAGACAGACAGACAUGCACAUGAUUCUUCUUCUGUGAACCAUUGCCUCUAUGUGCAUCUUGAACAGUGGUCAGUAGUGAAGACGGAGGAGGGAAGCAACACAUUCCCAGUCUCAUUUUCUUCUCGGUCUGAUAAGGGAAUCCGUAUUCUCUGUAUACA